AUGUCUACGCAAGGCGGAGGACCUAACGCCUCCGCUUGGGUCGUUGCUGCCCGGCGAGGGUCGGCAGCGCCUCGAGCUCCGGGGCAGAGGCCGUCGGAGGAACCCGGGCGAAGAGGUCAGGGAGGUAACAGGGGCGGCAGAGGACGUACCUGGAGCGAGCCCUCCGGUCGCGACAUCGUGGUCGGCAGUCGCAGGGAGUCGCCUCUCUGUUUGCUCUUGAAGAGCGAGUUGGUCGGCGCGGUCAUCGGUCGUGGUGGAUCAAAAAUAAAAGAAAUACAAAGUACAACCAACACUAAAAUACAGAUAAUAAAAGGAACACCUAACUCGGAAGUAAAAAUUUUUGGCAGCAAGACAAUGCAGACAAAAGCAAAAGCGGUAAUAGAUGACUUUGUUAAAAAACAAGAAAAUUACAAUCUAAGUCGCAAAAUUGAUAUUGAGGCCUUCCAACCCUCUGGAAGAGAGGUAAGCACAGAUGCCAAUGGUGUUAAAGAUCGGCCGUUGAUAGACUGGGAUCAAAUUCGAGAGGAGGCUGUGAGAUGGGAGAAAAAGAAGUGGGAAGAUUUACUUCCAAUUAAGAAAAACUUUUAUAUAGAAUCCGAAAAAACAAGAUCGAUGACACAAGAAGAGAUAGACACAUGGAGGAAGGAAAAUUUUAAUGUAAUGUGCGACGACCUGAAAGAAGGUGAAAAACGUCCUGUACCGAAUCCUACCUGUUCAUUUGAAGAUGCCUUUGAAACUUUUCCUGAAGUAAUGAAAAAUAUUAAAAAGGCAGGUUUUAAAAAGCCAACGCCAAUUCAGUCGCAAACUUGGCCGAUAGUUCUGCAAGGAAUAGAUGUGAUAGGAGUGGCCCAAACAGGAACCGGGAAAACACUGUCAUAUUUGAUGCCUGGAUUUAUUCAUCUAGAUUGUCAACCAGUUGGCAGGGAGAAAAGGAAUGGCCCCGGCAUGUUAGUCCUUACACCCACUCGGGAGUUGGCUCUGCAGGUACAGGCCGAAUGUUCUAAGUAUUCAUACAAAAAUCUUAGAAGUGUUUGCAUAUAUGGUGGUGGAGAUCGAGACGCACAAAUACAAGAUGUUUCGAAAGGUGUCGACAUCGUAAUUGCAACCCCUGGAAGGUUAAAUGAUCUACAGAUGAAUAACUUCAUUAGACUCAAGAGUGUUACCUACCUGGUUUUGGACGAAGCUGAUAAAAUGUUGGAUAUGGGAUUUGAACCCCAGAUAAUGAAGAUUUUAUUAGAUGUUCGACCAGAUAGGCAAACGAUUAUGACAAGUGCAACCUGGCCCUAUGGUGUGCGUAGGCUUGCACAGUCAUACUUGAAAGAACCAAUGCUUGUGUAUGUUGGAACUUUGGAUCUAAUGGCUGUAAAUACUGUAAAGCAAAAUAUAAUCAUUACCACGGAAGAAGAGAAACGAAUACAUAUACAAAAAUUCCUGGAAAAUAUGUCACCGAAGGACAAAGUCAUAGUAUUUGUUAGUAGAAAAAUUGUGGCUGAUCAUUUGUCAAGUGACCUGGUCCUGCAACAUUUAUCAGUGGAGUCACUGCAUGGCAAUAGAGAACAAAGUGAUCGGGAGAAAGCGUUAAAGAACUUUAAAACAGGUAAAGUGAGGAUAUUAAUUGCUACUGAUUUAGCAUCACGUGGAUUGGAUGUCCACGAUAUCACACAUGUCUAUAAUUACGACUUUCCGAGGAAUAUUGAAGAAUAUGUACACAGAGUAGGACGUACUGGAAGAGCAGGAAACACAGGGGUGUCAAUCACCCUCAUCACGAGAAAUGAUUGGAGGAUUGCCGCCGAACUGAUUCAUAUCCUGGAAAGAGCAAAUCAGAAUAUCCCAGAGGAGCUUGUUGCAAUGGCUGAGAGAUACAAUGCAAGGAAGUUGAAAAGAGAAAUGGAAAAAAAAAUGGGACGACCUCAAGGAAAACCCAAAAAGUUUUAUUAAUGAUGUCUUAUU